AUGGAUCCAGAAUUGUUGAGGCAGCAAAAAGCGUUCCAGAAACAUGCUGCAACUACAGUUGCCGUACAAAAUAAGCCGUCAGCAGCAGCGAGCUCCCAUACAACAUAUUCAUCAGAAGCAGCGAAAGCAAAAAAGAAGAAGGCAUCGGGACCUUCACAAAAUCUCUCAAAACUUCCUGAUUUCGAUAAUUUCGCAAGCAAUUCGAAUGCAAUUUCAAAUGCAACAAAUUUCUCAACAAUGGCAAAAAUUGUUGAUUACAUGAAGAAACGGCAUUUGAGUCAGCAACAGUGGCCUCUGACACUUAAAGAAGUGCUUGACGAACUUCAACUUUAUGAUCUUGGAAAAAGAAACAUCGCGUUCCUUCAAGAAGCUCUACCCAAUAAUCCACGUUUGAUGAUGGAACCAAAUCCAGAUGGGGACCCGACUAUGAACAAAUUUGCAUUUCGACCACCUUAUAAAAUCAAAGGGAAGACGUCAUUGGUAGCUGUUGCCAGAAAACAUUAUCAAGACGGAAAGGGGGGUAUUUUGGUGUCGGAUCUAGCGGAAUGCGUAGCCAAUUAUGAUGCAUUGUUGCAGCAAGUGGCUGCCGACAUUAUCGUAGUUCCAACUCAAGUCAACAAAAAGAAGGAUCGCGUUGUGUUUUAUAACGAUAAAGACUUCACGUUCCCAGAGUUAGAAGACGACUUCAAGGCAUUAUGGAGAAAUGUGUCUGUGGAUCAUUUAGACGAGAAGAAGAUCGAGGAGUAUCUUCAGAAGAAGGGACUCGACGCCAUGAAGGACUUGACACCGAAGGUCCGAAUGCAAGCACCGCUGAAAAGAAAAGCUGCAAAAAGAAGACACAACCAGAAGGUCCAGAACGAUCACAUGGAAGGAGUCUUGGAAGAUUACGAAUAA